AUGGUUAAAUUUGAUCCUCAUUUUCGUUUUUUAAAAUACAAACCACCCAAAAAUAUACCUAGAGCUAUUAUUUCACCUAACUAUCGUCUUAAUCAAUUUCAAUUUCGUCAAGCAUUACCUGCACGAUUACGUGAUUAUGUUCGAGGUGGUGGAAUGACUGCAUCAGAGUAUACAUGUGGUCCGUUAAUGAAUAUUAUGUUAACUUGUUUACAAAAACAUGAGUAUGACAAUUUUGGAUGUGAGAAAGAAGUAGGCGACUUUUAUGCCUGUGUCAAUGAAUUUCAGGAAACGAAUGCUGUUGAAAAAUCAAAUCUUAAAGGUGGUGGUGAUGCAGAUAAGGUCGUAAAACAAUUUGCAAAAAAUCGUCAACCAGCUUGGCUUUCAAAUAAACUUUUAAAAUCCUUUCCUACAUCAUCAUCUGUUGAAUAA